AUGAGUGAAUUUCUUAUACUAUGUCUCUAUAUCGAUGACCUCUUGAUAACUGGCAGCUGCAAGAAGGAGAUCAAAGACUUCAAAGGUGAUUUGAGAAAGGAGUUAGAAAUGGCUCACUUGGGAAAUAUUUCAUACUUCUUGUGUAUUGAAUUCUACAAGAGUAGUAAAGGCCCAAUGAUGCUUCAAAGAAGAUAUGCAAGUGAAUUACUCAAAAGAUUUGAGAUGGAAGAAUGCAAUGAAACUUUGACACCUACUGAACCAAGGCUGCAACCGUCGAAAGACUCAGAUGAAGAUGAUGUUGAUCUAACUAAGUAUAAAAGACUCAUUGGAUCAUUAAGAUACAUUUGUCUCAGAAGGCCCAAUCUAGCAUAUAGUGCAAGUAUUGUGAGUAGAUUCAUGCAGAAUCCAAAGGUAUCACACCUAUCAGCCACAAAAAGGAUACUAAGGUAUCGUAGAGGAACUCUCGACUAUGGAAUUUUGUUUCCUGCAGAAGAUGGAGGAAAAAAUGCAAACUAG